GGGUCUUCCGAGCUUCGGGAACGUCAGCACGUCGACGCGGGGGUUUUCUCUGGAGUCCCACUAACGCCGCUCCGGUGUUCCUGAGCCUGGGUUCAGGCUGUCCCGGGGCGGCGGGCGGACUCGGUUAGGGACCGGACCCUGAGAUCUGUCCCGGUCACCGCCCUCCCGGCCCGCCCUCUGUCCCGUCCACACUAGGGGAGCCUGAGGACGUGGGGCCCCUGAGCUGGGCCGGGGAGCUCGGGGCUCAUCCCCUCCCGAGGCUCGGAUGGGAGGAGGCGGGAGGAGAGACCUGGGAUGUUCAGUCUGAUGGCCAACUGCUGCAACUUGUUCAAGCGGUGGCGGGAGCCUGUCAGAAAGGUGACGCUUGUGAUGGUCGGCCUUGAUAAUGCUGGUAAAACUGCCACAGCAAAGGGAAUCCAAGGAGAGCAUCCUGAAGACGUAGCUCCCACUGUUGGAUUUUCUAAAAUUGAUCUGAGACAAGGAAAGUUCCAGGUUACCAUCUUUGACUUGGGAGGUGGAAAAAGAAUUCGGGGAAUUUGGAAGAAUUAUUAUGCUGAAUCCUAUGGGGUAAUAUUUGUUGUGGAUUCCAGUGAUGAAGAGAGAAUGGAAGAAACCAAGGAGACAAUGUCCGAAGUGCUCAGACACCCUAGGAUAUCAGGAAAGCCUAUAUUGGUGUUGGCAAACAAACAAGACAAGGAGGGGGCUUUAGGAGAAGCUGAUGUGAUUGAGUGUCUCUCUCUGGAAAAGCUGGUCAACGAGCACAAGUGCCUGUGUCAGAUAGAACCUUGUUCAGCAGUCUUGGGAUAUGGAAAGAAAAUUGACAAGUCCAUUAAAAAGGGGCUUUAUUGGCUACUGCAUAUCAUUGCAAAGGACUUUGAUGCCUUAAGUGAACGCAUCCAGAAAGACACAACUGAACAGCGAGCUCUUGAGGAACAAGAGAAACGGGAGAGGGCUGAACGAGUCCGGAAGUUACGGGAAGAAAGAGAACGAGAGCAGACCGAACUUGAUGGGACCAGUGAUCUGACUGAGAUGGACUCAGGAACAGUUCUUGCAAAUCCUUUCCAGCCCAUAGCAGCUGUAAUCAUUGAGAAUGAAAAGAAGCAGGAAAAAGAGAAAAAGAAGCAGACCAUGGAGAAGGACAGUGACGUUGGCCUCCCGGGACCUAAAGUGGAGCCGGAACAAGCAGUGUUGCAGAGUGAGACAGGCGGCUGCCUCCAAAACCCUGACGAGGGAGAGGUGGACAGUUACAGGGAGGCACUGUCGCAGCAGCUGGACAAUGAGGAUGAGCAGGACCCGCGGGCAUCAGAGUCUGGGGAAAACAGUAAGAAGAAAACCAAGAAACUAAGAAUGAAAAGGAGUCACCGGGUAGAACCGGUCAAUACAGACGAGUCUGCUCCAAAGAGUCCCACGCCGCCCCAACCUCCCCCUCCUGUUGGCUGGGGAACCCCCAAAGUCACUAGACUUCCAAAACUUGAGCCUCUUGGUGAAACACGUCAUAAUGAUUUCUAUGGGAAGCCGCUGCCUCCCCUGGCUGUGCGACAGAGACCUAAUGGUGAUGCUCAGGACAUGAUCUCAUAACCAAGUCAGAUGGGUUGGUCCUUUUCAUAUCAGCAAGGUGAACUGAGACCUUUCCCCAAAGCAGAAAAGUCCUGAAUGCUGAUGAUGGGCAAGACAACCAUAAUGAUUUCAGGGAAGAAAGAAUAUCCAAGAACUUGACCUGAUAAUUUACUUCUCCAUGUUCUGUGGUUAAAGCAGAAAGGAAACAAAAUGACCAGUAGCUGAAAAGAGCAUCUGGCCACGUUAGCAAGUCAUGGUAUUGGUUCUCUGGUUUACACAUCCCGACUUUUGGACAUACUCCUGAAGAAAAACCUCAGAAGUUGAGCCAAUGGACUCUACACACCUGAUUAUUUAAUAAUCUGUAUUUCUAUGCAUUAAACAUGUUUUAUAAGGUAUAUGUACAUGAAAGGGGAAUUCCUGGGAAUUUACAAUCUAAAUUUUAACUAUUUUUAUAUUUUUUUCUAAACCUUUUGUUUAAGUUUGUUAUUGUAUUGACUACGCACUUUCUACAGAUGUUCUGUUUAAACUGUCUGGAUAGAAAGUUGAUUUACUGAACACACAUGAAGUAUACAAACAUGUAUGCUUUGUGAUAACAUUGUUUCUAAAAUGUACACUCUAUCUUGAUGUAAUUUUAAAAUAGUUACUAUUCUAAAAAGCAAAUUCUCAGAUCUUUAAUCUACCAAAUUACAUGAUUUGAAAGUGGUACCAGCAGAGAAUUCAGUUCUGUUGUCACUGUUUGUUUUCCUUGGUGAUGAUAUCCGUAAAUGUUAAGAUGUGUGAAAUACCUUUAAGAAAAUAACUAAAUUUGUUAAAUUAGUAAAAAUGUGUCCUGUGGGAUAUGAUUCAAUGUCCUCCCAGAGCCCCCUAAGGGACCAGACCUUUUCUGAGCUCAGGGCCCCCUCCGUGCUCUCUCUCUGUCAGCAGCUUCUUUGACUGCUUGGGUUGUUUUCCUUCAUCCAUGCCUUGAAAUGAAAGGUAAAAGGCUGUAAAGGCUCCUGCAGGUCUAGAGACUUCAGGUUUCCAGCCAGCACGGCCGUACGAAUGAAGAUGUUGGCGCAAGUCCUUCCAUAAAGCACUAGUUCUCCCAUGACUUCUUAAUUUUAGAUGACAACAAUAUUCUGUUCUUGAGUAUCAUUCAUAAGGCUCUCUGUCCAUCUGCCCUUUACCAAAACUUGUAGAGAUAUUUUAGUAAUGGAUUUAUAAUGUAAUAUUCAAUUGGAGGCAUACCUUUAAGUCAAGGUGAAAAUAACAAAGUUCAAGUCCCUUCUCACCCUGUUAAGAUUGGUACCAUAUACUAGCAAUGGACAUACACUGGUUUCUGAAUGUAAGUCCACCUAAGGUAGAUUGAUCUGAUCAUUUGCCUUUUAAAUGUUUAUAAUGUAUCAUGUUCUCAUUUGAGCUCUUCGGUCCCGGAUCAUUCAGGUCACAUGAUGUACUUGGCACACUGAUGGGGAAAAGGGUUUAAUUUCUAUGCAAAACCUAUAUGCAAAAUUAGCAGGUGGCUCAUAUAAGAGAAUCGCAGGACAGGAUGUACAUUCUAAACUGGAUUUUAGAGGGAAAAGUGCUCAUCUUCUUGGUUCGUUUUGUAAUAUUUAAAUUGCCUUUUAAAACUAAACUUAUACUUUUGCUAUAUUUUAAUGUUCCUCUGGUUUGAAGAUAUUCUUGCUUCCUACCAGUGUUUACUAUAAAGUACAGUAAUUACUGACUCUAUUUCAUGAAAACAGUUUUGAAAUUGAAUGUAACAUAACCGGAAUCGAUGUUUUCUAUGGCACUCUCAAAAAAUUAAUAUGUUUUCUUAAAGCUGUAUAAAAAAAAUCCUUUAAAAACUGUUUUGUAAAUUCUGUCAGAUUUUAAUAUUUCAGUGCUUAUUUUGUUAUACUAUACAUUUUCAUUCUAUUCAUCAUGAAUUAUAUAACAUUUCACACAAUAAAAAUUUAUUUACAA